AUGACUAUCGACACGACUCCCCAGGUGCUCGACGCGGUCGUGCUCGGCGCAGGCGUCUCAGGCCUGUACCAGCUGUACCAACUGCGCGAGGCUGGACUCAAGGUGCGCGCCUUCGAGGCUGGCGGCGACGUCGGCGGCACAUGGUACUGGAACCGCUAUCCCGGCGCGCGGUUCGACAGCGAGGCGUCCAUCUACCAGCUCUUCUUCUCCGAGGACCUCUACAAGGGAUGGAGCUGGAGCGAGCGCUUCCCGGGCCAGCCCGAGGUCGAGCGCUGGCUGCAGUACGUCACCGACAAGCUCGAUCUUCGCAAGGAUAUCAGCUUUAACAGUCGCAUAGAGAGCGCUGUCUGGGACGACGACCGCCAGCGGUGGACGAUCAAGACGAGCGACGGCCAGGUCCUCGACGCCCAGUACUUUAUCAGCUGUGGCGGCAUGCUGAGCGCCCCGCUCACCAACGUAUUCGAGGGCAUGGACGACUUCAAGGGCCAGAUCGAGUACACCUCGCUGUAUCCCGCCGAGGGCGUCGAUGUCAAGGGCAAGCGGGUCGGUGUCAUCGGCGUCGGCGCGACGGGCAUCCAGGUGAUCCAAACAAUAGCGCCAGACUGCAAGGAGCUCAAGGUCUUCGCCCGCACGCCGCAGUACACCCUCCCGAUGAAGAACCCCAAGUGGGGCCAGGCCGACGUGGACGCGUACCACUCGCGCUUUGACGAAUACAAGUCACGCCUGCCACACACAUUCUCCGGCUUCGAGUACGACUGGGACCCCGAAAAGAACUGGGACAGCAUGUCCAAGGAAGAGCGCGACAAACACCUGCAGGAAGUGUACGACCACGGCUCGCUCAAGAUGUGGCUCGCGUCCACCCCCGACAUCUUCUUCAAGGAGGACGUGUCGGCGUACGUCUCCAACUUUGUCGCAGACAAGAUGAAGGCGAGGCUCCAGAACGACCCGCACCUGCUCGACGUGCUCGUGCCCUCCCCCGACCUAUACGGCUUCGGCACACACCGCGUCCCCCUCGAGCGUGGAUACCUGGAGACGUUCCUGCGACCCAAUGUCGAGGCCAUCAGCGUCCGCAAGGACCGGAACCCGAUCAAGCGCUUCGUCGAGAACGGCAUUGAGCUUCAGGACGGCCGGGUGGUGGAGCUCGACACGGUCAUCCUCGCCAUUGGCUUUGACGCGGGCAGUGGAUGUCUCUCCCGCGUCGACGUGCGCGGCAAGGGCGGCCGCUCCCUCUCCGAGGAGUGGGGGCGGGACAUCCGCACCACAAUCGGCCUGGGCAAGCACGGCUUCCCGAACCUGCUCAUGACGGCUGUGCCGCUCGCCCCCUCCGCGGCGCUGUGUAACAUGACGACGUGCCUCGCCCAGCAGACCGAGUGGAUUACGCGCCUCGUGAAGCAGAUGAAGGAGAAGGGCGAGACGGUCGUCGAGCCCAGCGAAGAGGCGGAGAACAAGUGGGUCGAACACCACGACUCACUCGUCAACGCUACGCUCUUCCCCAAGUCCGACUCGUGGUACAUGGGCUCAAACGUUGAGGGGAAGCAGAGGCGCAUGCUCUCUUACGUCGGUGGGGUGGGUACGUACAGGGCCAAGUGCGAGGAGGAGGCGAAUGCCAACUACCCCUCGUUCGUGCGUGCGUAG